AUUAUAAGACAGAAAGAGCGUCAGUGUGUGAUUAGUGUAAUGAGGCGCGCGAGCCGCGGUGUAUGAUGGGACACCAUCAGCCAUUUCACCUCAAACUCUGUUCAAGCAGCAGAAUCCCUCGGCAGCGGAAUAAACCUCGACAAACCCCGACAGGUGAUCGUGUGUCAGGAUGGCCCGUACUAAGCAAACCGCCCGUAAGUCGACUGGAGGAAAAGCUCCUCGUAAGCAGCUGGCGACUAAAGCGGCCCGUAAGAGCGCCCCGUCCACCGGAGGAGUCAAGAAGCCCCAUCGCUACAGGCCCGGGACCGUGGCUCUGCGCGAGAUCCGCCGCUACCAGAAGUCCACCGAGCUGCUGAUCCGCAAGCUUCCCUUCCAGCGUCUGGUCCGAGAGAUCGCACAGGACUUCAAGACCGACCUGCGCUUCCAGAGCGCCGCCAUCGGAGCGCUGCAGGAGGCCAGCGAGGCGUAUCUGGUGGGUCUGUUCGAGGACACUAACCUGUGCGCCAUCCAUGCCAAGCGUGUGACCAUCAUGCCCAAAGACAUCCAGCUGGCGCGCCGCAUCCGCGGAGAACGCGCCUGAGCCUCCGUCUGCUCCUCGUCCUCCUCUGUCUUCAUCUCUGUGUGUGUUCUGUGUGUUUGUGUGUUGGGUCGUCCUCUCAGAAGUCACGUGUCAUGUGACUCCCUCAGGGUGACGGACUGAAGCACUAAAUCAGUGGGGCUUUGAUCUCACUUCGGGUGCUAACCUCCUCACUGGAACAUCGUCAAACACUCUUCUUCAAAUAUCUGUGUCGUCUUGAAUGAUCAUGUGAUGUCAGUCGAGCAUUCUGGGAUUGUGUCCCGACCGUCUCUGUGUUAUUGAUGAGCGUAUGUAGCAACGGACUGUAGCUCUUUUAUACCAUUUGAUAUAUUUCUUCAUGAGUUGUUUAGUGCGAUAGACACUCACUCAGGUUUUUCUACCCUUUCAUGGUUUUUAUCACGAGGUGAUGAAUUAUGUUUGUUUUUGUAAUCUUUGUACUAGACAGACAAUAAAUUGGUGUUGAACUGUCA